CUACGCUUUAACCUGUGCCCAAGGCUCCAUAUACCGUGUGCAUUUCAAACGCUGGUGACGAUGGACCACCUCGAUCUUCCGCUCGACCAGCACCUCGAAGGCGUCGACCGCGCGCUGGCGACAUGGACCGAGGCCGAGAAGCGCCGCAUCGAAGACGCCCAGCGCGCCUGCGUGAGCGAGGUUGCCAAGGAUGAGCAGGAGCUGCGCCAGCUGCAAGAGCGCCAGACGUCGCUGCAAGCCAGCGCCAAGACCGCGGAAGCGAACCGCGAACAGCAGAAGCGGUCAAUCCAUGGCCGAGAACACGAGCUCCGAGGGCUGCAGGCCCAAGUGCUCAAGGUUGAGCCCGUUCUUGCAGGCCUUAAGUCGCGCGAAGCGCUGCAUCUGGGCAACGUGGCCAAGGUGAACGAAGAGAGCGCGCGCAUGACGCAGGCUCACCAAACGGUGGUGGACGAGCUCAUGAAGGGCAUCCACAUGUACCAGAAGCUCGGCCUCGUCAUUGACCGCAAAGGAGAGAACAACCUCGGCUUUGUCUUUACGCAGAUCGACCCGCAAAACCCGGAGCGCGAGUUUUCAUUUGCGUUGCGCAUGCACGAGCGCCAAGAUGUGUUUGCUGUCGAACACUGCAUUCCGGACGUGGCCGACGCUCCGAUGCUGCUCGACCAGCUCAACCAAACCGGCAACAUGUCGGCCUUUGUCCGGGCCAUGCGGCAGCGCUACAAGAGCUUGGUCUAA